GCGUCACUUUGCUGCAUAUAUGCGUUAGUUAGUUUGUUAGCGUUAGCUAUAUAUAGCUAAUAUAUAUAAUAUAUAUCAGGCACAUCAGACUCAGCUUAUGUCAGAGAUGGAGGGUGAACACGACAGCGCCUCGGAGUCGGGUGAUGUUGUGGAGGCUGGUGAAAGCUUACAUGUGGAAAGCCUAAAGGUGGAUGUCCCGACACAGACAGCUAACCUUACACAGACAGAGGCUGAGCUGGAGGAAUGUACAGAUAGCCAAGAACUGAAAGUGGAGAUUCGCAGUUUAAGUACAGCAGGUCAGGAAACACAGCCGGAUUCAGCACUGACAGGCCUGAGUCAAGACGGAUUCAGCCAGCAUGAAAGAGAAAUAAUCAAGACUUCUGUUAAUGUUGGAAACGCAACAGCAACAGUUAAGAUCUUGCUUAUGCCAGAGGGGCACAUGAUGACCAUGGCCUUUACUAUUGGCCUCACAACUCAGGACCUGAAGAUUCAUUUUGCCAGUGAGCUGAGAGUACCGUCAGACAUUAUUCAGAUCACUCUGAAUGGUCAGGCUGUUGAUGACCACCAGACACUGAUGAGCCUGGGAGUGCAGCCACAUGGCACAGUCCAGUUUGACAUGAGCUCAUUAGACCCUGAGAAUUACCCCAUCAAACCAGUUAAACCACAGCAUGCAGAGUGCAGCAUGCCUGAUGUCAUUACUGUGAGAGUGCAGACAGAUGUAAACACCUUUCAGGAUGUGGUGGUUGAGAUAGAAAGAGCCACGCUAAAGAAGCCUUUCCUGGGAGGAUAUCGCCACAAGGUCACUAAAACUGAGUAUCAUCAUGCUGCAGUACAGACUAUCCCCAGGAGGAGGCCUGACAGAGGAGUGGAGAUGUUCAGCAGAGAUACACAGACAGUGGAGUUAAAGAGCCAGGCUCAACAAUGCACCGUCAACACUUCCACUCAGAUGACUAAGAUUGGCUGCUAUGUGUCCAACAUGAAGGACAAACUCAUCACACCAGGCACCUAUGUCACUGCAGAUGAGUUUCACAGCAAGAGGCUGAAGGCUGUAAUAACGAUACAGACAUACUUCAGGCGCUGGCAGGCCAUGCAGUUGACUGCUCAGCUGAGGCUGGAUAAGGAGCUGCAUCUGGCCUGGGCCGAGAGAGAGGAGAAAAGGAAGACAGAGGAGAAGGAAGAGCAGAUUAGGGCUGAGUACCACAGGAGAAUGAACCCAGAGAAAAAGGAAGAUUUUGCUCUCCUCUACAGUGCACUAGAAAAGUGGAGGCAGGAGGAGGUGGCGCGUAUUAAUGCCUCUCUGAGUGAAGCGGAAAGGAAGGCAGCACUGUGUGUUCUCUUGGAGCAGGAGACACAGUUUAUUUCUUCUAUUGGAUGCCACCGCAUUGCUGCAAGAGAGAGAAAUCAGGAGAAGGCAGUGCAAGCCUUCCUUGACAAGUGUGCAGCCCCUAAGACGUGGCGAGCGUUUGAUGGGAUUAUGACCCAGAUGGACACUCCUCAGAGUAUCAGGGCUAAAGAGCUACGAGACCUCUACAGUAGCAUUAACCUGCAGUACUUCAGCCAAGAGGAGCGUCUCGACGUGCUCCUCACCCUCAAACACACUGUCAAGGAGCAUGACUGUAAGCUGACUCAGCAGAUAGUGGAGCUGAUUGACAGAGAAGCUGAUCUGCUGCGGAGAGGAGUGAAGGAGAGUAAUUUAGAGGGGCUGAGGAAGAGGAUAUCCACCCUCUUUCUCCAGUACAUCAAAACCCCCACUUUCAACCCCCAGGUGGCCAAAUUGUUGCACGUGCCACAGGAUCCAACCCAGCUGAGGAAGAACAUUUACUUCUGCCGUGGCUGCAGUAACUACCUGCCCUCUACUGAAUUCACUCUGACGACGAGCACGCAGGUGGUGGGGCUCUGCCGUCGCUGCUCGGAGCUGGACAAUGAGGCUUGCCGCAGAGAGGAUUUCUCUCAUUACAGAACCAUCCUCAAAUGCCUGCGCAAAACGGAGGCAGAGUACAGCCCAGAUGCCAAGAUCACAUACCUGCUACAGGAGCAGGAUCUGCGGUAUCUGGUGGAUGUGGUGUGGGGUGCGCAGUCUGCUCUUAGUGCCUGGAAUGACCUGCAUGAUCUAGUGCUGGUGCGCUGGGACAGGCAGUGGGAGUGGAGUCCUUGGAACUGCAUCCUGCUCACCAAGGAUGAAGCAGCUCCACACCACAAAGUUGAGAACGUAGAGAAGGCGUACAGCGUGCCGUUUAUCCGUAACAUCAAGCACAAACACACUCUGGCCCGGAAGUACUUCUCUCAGAUUCCUAUGAUGGCUGAGCACCUUCAUGAUGUGGACUCAAAGCCUGCUGCCCACAGUGACCUACUGGUCACAAAACCCAUUACCAUGGAAACCAAGUAACAUCAGUAAGGCACCACCCACAAGCCCACAAAGUCCUCAGCACUAUCUGCAACAAUAAACUGCAUUUAUGUUACUUGUCUUUCUGUAUCUAGAACUCUCUUUGAACAUAAUAAACAAGCAGUACACGUGAUGCAGAGAUGCUUUAGAUCAUAACUUUUGCUCUGUUGACGUCUGUGUUGUGUCUGGUUUCAUGCAAGAGAGUCUUUGAGUGUCUUGCCUUGCUCUCUAAUGGAUUUCUAUUCUUCGAUAUUUUCUUGUCAAGAUAGACGGCUUAUGCAUGGUGCAUUACAAACAAAGCAAAUAGAGAAUAAGAACAUAUCGUAGUAUUUUUCACACAAGGACGAUAGUGAUAUCCUGCUGAAAUUGCCAUGUGUACAGAGUCUCUAGCAGUGCAUGAACAGCUCUGUCUCUAAACACAAGAUCCAUGUUGAGCUCUUGAAAACUAAUUUGCUGUUGCCAAAAAUGCACCAGUUCAAGGGGUACUAAUUACACCUCAAGGAAUGAAAUACAGCCAUAGAUAUAAUUGGAAGAUGAGUGAUCUAAAAUAUGCAAUUAGGGUAAAAACAUUCAAGAACCUGCUUUUGCUUCUCAUUUACUGCUCAUGAACAAGUCUCUUGACUUCAGAUAGCAUAGUGUCUGAAUUAGACUUAGAGCAAAAUGUUCAGUUUCCUCUCUGUAAUAGACUGAGAACUGAGAUCCUUCUUCAUGUGCUGUUAUUAACCUGAAUCUUUCACCCUGAAUAUUCUUGUUUAUUUAUCAGAUUUAUUUCAAUUGUGAACAUGAACAGUUGAAAACUGUUUUUUCUUUUUCUGUUUGCUUUCUGUUUGGAAAGAAUAGUUUGUAUCUAAGAAUAACAAAGAACCAAUAAAUAUUCAGUGGUUUUGGAAAGUAGCAAUAAAAAUAAUGCACAACAGAGCAUUUUGAUAUGAAACAUAUAGAUAUCAUGUUAUAUGCAAAAGCCUUUAAAUGUGAAUUUAGGAAAAUAUUCAAAAAUCAAGAAAAUGGCCUCAGACCCCAGAGGGUUAAAGUUAACUAUAAAAUUGUAUUAACAAUAACACUUAUAAACGGGUUUUGAAUAUGCCUGUUACAUAACGUGUUAGGAUUGUGGAUGCAGCCAUUCAGGCAUGAAAAAUAAAAUUUGUCACAUGAAAAGAAAACGUGACAUCUUUGUAGUGUGGAAAAUUCCAGCAAAUCAGUGAUGAGUAUAAGGAAUUUGAGUCACAUAUUUAUAUAGUAGAUUCAUUUGCAAAUCAUUAACAAACUGUUUGGUGAAACUCAACCCAUCACCAGAUCUGGUGAACGCUGAGAGCAGUAUGGUUAGAUUUUGGAAUAGAACCAGGUUUUUAUUUGGAGUUUUGUUGUGAGUGUCAAGUUUAGGGUAUUCAUGUAGUCUUAAUACAUACUUCAAUGUAAGUUAUGGACAAAAUGAGCAUGUACAGUCAGUGCCACUUUCUGAUCAAAAUGACACAUGAUGCAGAGAUGCUUUAGAUCAUACCUUUUGCUUUAAUGAUCUUUUGACGUCUGUGUUGUGUCUGGUUUCGUGCAAGAAGGUCUUUGAGUGUCUUGCCUUGCUCUCUAAUGGAUUUCUAAAGUACAUCCAGCAUGAAAUAAAGCUAUUGAGAUCCA